AGAAUUAUCAGUUUGAAAUUCAACAAUGUCCUAACUUAAAUACCCUGCUAACACCGCCCUAAUUUUAUAUCAAACUUACACUCCUAGCUUUUCGUUGAUACCCGCCCAUGGGCAUAUUCCAGUAUUUAUCUGAAUUUCUCGAAUAGGCGUGGCAACGUCGCGUGUACUUGUCAUUCCUGUUUCCGUUGCCACUACAUUUUCUGCCUCGUGAGAUAAAGUAUUUGGCUUCAGUUGGUCGUGCGGCGACUGGUUCGUCAAGUUUUUAGUGAAGAAAUCUUCGCGAGUGUAGUGUGAUACGUACCUAUUUAUUUUAACAAACUUUAACGAAAAUGAGCUGGCAGGAUUACGUAGACAAACAGCUCUUAGCCUCGAGAUGCGUAACGAAGGCUGCGAUCUCCGGACACGAUGGAAACAUUUGGGCCAAAUCAGACGACUUCGACGUAACAAAAGAAGAAUUAGCAAAGUUAGCUCAGGGUUUUGAAAAACAAGACAUCCUGACGUCGUCAGGGGUAACCUUAGCUGGUAACAGAUACAUCUACCUAUCAGGCACAGACAGAGUCAUCAGGGCGAAACUGGGCAAAGUUGGUGUACAUUGCAUGAAAACGACACAAGCCGUGGUAGUAUCACUUUACGAAGAUCCAAUUCAACCUCAGCAAGCUGCAUCUGUGGUAGAAAAGUUAGGUGACUACUUAAUCACCUGCGGAUACUAGAGAUAGUGCGUGCCGCUGAAAGCAGCCAGUGCCUCGCGGCGAAAAAUAUUAUUAAAGUUGUAUUUUUUUCAAAUAAUAACAGCGAAACAGGCAAUGUGUAUACCGAGUGCAUCCAACAUUAAGUAUAUAAUUUUUUUAAACUGCAUAUAGGAAUAUAAUUUUUUUCAUUAAUUCAGUUUUUGUUUUUCUGCGUUGUGUUCAACAUUGAAUAAUCAUCUACCGAGUGCAUUAAGGUUAUGUCACGCUAUUUUAGGUGAAUUAACCUCAAUCGGUGGCAUUUCAAGCAAAUUUGCGCGCCAAAAUUCGUGAUGUAACCAAAUAAACUGCUAUUUUUUUUUACUGUGGUCUCAAUCUUCAUUGUUUUUAAGGUUAUAGGCUUAGUAGUAUAACUUAGGUUAUACAUACGUUUUUUGAAAAGACAUCGUGAUUUUUUUCAAAGAGCUUGUUUUUUUUUAAAUUGUCGAUUCGAAUAGAGGCAUUUCAUGUUUAGCUUUUUUCAUACCAUUGCUAUAUCUAUUUAACAACAAAGACGUUUGAUACUGAAAACUUACAGUUUAGGAUUUUUUAAUAAAAAAUCUAGUCCCGCAGUUUAUAUUUUUUCCUACCUUGUUCCCGAGUUGCCCUUGUUGUGUUUCGAAAAUGUAAGGUUACAAAAGCACAAACACCUUUAGUAGGUCCAGGGAUCCGCUUUUUAUAUUUCGAAAUUUGAUUUUAAUACGCUUCAAUAUGGAUAAUGCUAUAUUAAGAACGAUUGGUGUCGAGUCGAUUAUAGACCUUCAUGUAAUGAAAUUACCCUCAGCUGCUGUAGUCUGUCAACAAAAAAUUAAGUACGUUUUGAAAAUGUUCUGCAUUGCCUUUCAAAUAUUAUAGUUAAUAUAUUUUGGAAAUACACUUUUUGUUGAUAUAUUUAUUUUGGUUAGUGCAUGAAUGGUUUCAAUUAAGGUUUCAAAAAUUGUUCUUAUUUUUUCCUUCAGUGAUAGGCUACAGUAUCAUUAUUACACCCAGUGUAUGUCAUUAAUUUCAAAUUCUGACUUAGUUUUGUCAGUGUCUAUGUAAAUUAUCAUAUAAUAUUGGUAGACUGUAUCACACCAAUCAAAUAUUCGUCGGAGGCAAUUUAAGUUACUGGUAGAUUUCAAACUAAUCUACAGUUACUUCAAAUGUCCCUUUAUGCUAUAACAAUAUGUAUAAUGCAAAAAUGCUCAUGGUUCUUGUCUUUGUAUUGAGACAAAGUUUUUACCAUUUAAUUUGAAAAUCGAAAAGUAGCUUGUAAAGUUUUUCUGAUAUAAUUGCAAGGGAUAUUAUUGUGUAUCUGAAAGGAAAUCGUAAUAAAUUUGUAUUAUAUAAAAA